AGUGAUGAAAUUACACAAGCUUCUCCUCCCUCUCUCUCUCCCCCCCUUUCCCUGCCGUGCAGCUCCUUAGCUGCCUCCGCACGCUCCCUCUCUCCUGGCUUUGCAGCCAGGGUGGGAGAGGCAGGGAUAGAGGUAGGACGGGCAGCCCUGGGCUUCCUCCUGGGCUGGGAUCCCCUGGGCGAACCAGUGGGAUGCGGCGCUGGGCAGGACCGCAUCGCUGCUAGAGGAGAUGCCAGCGCAGAGCCCGGCUGAGCCCCACCCCUCCCUGCGCCGCAGCACCGCCCGCACCUUGGGGUGCCCGAGGAUAUGAACUUCACCACCACAAUGAAUCAGGAAAAACCUGUCAAAUCCUCCUAGCUCCCUGGUUGUGCCAUUUGCUGUUCCCCAGGGAGCAGCUCUUCCCACCCAAAGCACAGAAAAAGCCAGCAAGUCACAAAUGACAGCUGAGAAGUGAAGCAUUAUCAAAAGCUGGGUGAGACUCUGUCAGAGACAAACUUUAUAUAGUAAUUCUCCAUUUUGAGUCUGGGAAGCUGUGUAUCUCCUCAAUUCCAAAGAACAGAGAGCAGACAUGUUCAAAUAACCAAUACCAGAACUUGCACACAUUGAUACAUAUAUAACAUCACCUCCACACAGUGAUCUGCAGCAUUUAGAAUUCUGCAUUCAGAAUGGAUGGUGGAUAUAGAAACACAAACCAAGUCUCAGAUGACUACAGGUACCAGGAUGGUAACUACGAGGCACCCAACGAUGGCUACUAUCGGGGUGGCAAUGAGCCUGCCCAUGAAGAAGAUGCCCAGAGUGAUGUUACAGAAGGCCAUGAUGAAGAUGAUGAGGUCUAUGAGGGAGAGUACCAAGGAAUCCCACACCCUGAUGACAUCAAAGAGAAGCAGAAGAAGCGAGCUCCUGCCAUGGAUGAUGAAUACAGAGACCGUGCUGACCUUAUGGCAGAGAGGAUGGAGGAUGAGGAGCAGCUGGCCCACCAGUAUGAGAACAUCAUUGAGGAGUGUGGCCAUGGACGCUUCCAGUGGAUUCUCUUCUUUGUUUUAGGGUUGGCACUGAUGGCAGAUGGGGUGGAGCUGUUUGUGGUUGGAUUUGUUCUUCCCAGUGCUGAGAAGGAUAUGUGCUUAUCCAGUUCGAACAAAGGGAUGCUAGGCUUGAUAGUCUACUUAGGAAUGAUGGUGGGGGCUGUCAUGCUGGGUGGCCUUGCUGAUAAACUGGGAAGAAGGAAAUGCCUCAUCAUAUCACUUGCAAUCAAUGCUGCCUUUGCACUCCUCUCCUCCUUUGUCCAGGGAUAUGGAUUCUUCCUCUUCUGCCGCCUUAUCUCGGGCCUCGGUAUUGGGGGAUCUCUCCCCAUCGUGUUUGCCUAUUUCUCUGAAUUCCUGUCUCGGGAGAAGAGGGGGGAACAUCUGAGCUGGCUUUGCAUGUUCUGGAUGAUCGGGGGCAUUUUUGCUUCAGCAAUGGCUUGGAGCAUCAUCCCACAUUACGGCUGGGGGUUCAGUAUGGGAACCAAGUACCACUUCCACAGCUGGAGAGUCUUUGUACUUGUCUGUGCCCUGCCCUGCAUUGCCUCCCUGGUGGCACUGAAAUUCAUGCCUGAAAGCCCACGGUUUUUGCUGGAGAUAGGUAAACAUGAUGAAGCUUGGAUGAUCCUCAAGCAAGUUCAUGACACCAACAUGAGGGCCAAGGGGGAGCCAGAGAGGGUGUUUACGGUUUCCUAUAUCAAAACUCCAAAGCAAAUAGAUGAAUUUAUUGAAAUCCAGAGCUCAACAGGGACCUGGUACCAGCGGUGGCUGGUCAGAAUCUCAACUACUUUUAAACAGGUCUGGGACAACGUGCUAUAUUGUUUAACAGCCCAGUACAGGAUGAACACACUGAUGCUGGCUGUGGUUUGGUUUACAAUGGCCUUAAGUUACUAUGGCCUUAUUGUCUGGUUCCCUGAUAUGAUCCGGUAUUUCCAAGAUGAGGCAUAUGAAUCCCGUGUGAAGAUUUUUGAUGAAGAGGAAGUGUCACACUUCACCUUUAAUUUCACCCUGGAAAACCAGAUCCAUAGAAAUGGGGAAUACAGAAAUGAUAAAUUUAUUGGCAUGAAAUUCAAGGAAGUGAGAUUUGAGGAUUCACUCUUCGACGAAUGCUACUUUGAAGAUGUGACAUCCACUGAGACCUUCUUUGAAAACUGCACCAUCAUCUCUACUGUCUUUUAUAAUACUGAUCUCUACGAACAUAAAUUCAUCAACUGCAGGCUCAUAAACAGCACAUUUCUGCAAGAGAAGGAAGGCUGCCACAUGGACUUCGAAGAGGAAAAUGAUUUCCUGAUCUACCUGGUCAGCUUCCUGGGCAGCCUCUCUGUGCUGCCUGGCAACAUCAUCUCUGCAUUAUUCAUGGACAAAAUAGGGAGGAUCAAGAUGAUUGGUGGCUCAAUGCUGAUCUCGGCCGUGUGCUGCUUCUUUCUCUUUUUUGGCAACAGCGAGUCGGCAAUGAUCGGCUGGCAGUGCCUCUUCUGCGGGGCCAGCAUCGCCGCCUGGAAUGCCCUGGAUGUCAUCACCGUGGAGCUCUACCCCACUGACAAAAGGGCCACAGCCUUUGGCAUCCUCAAUGGGCUUUGCAAGUUUGGUGCCAUCCUGGGGAACUCAAUCUUUUCCUCCUUCGUAGGGAUCACCAAGGUGGUUCCCAUCCUUCUGGCUUCCUCUGCUCUGGUUGGAGGUGGCCUGCUUGCUUUGCGCCUGCCAGAGACUCGAGAACAAGUCCUGAUGUGAGCAACAGAGGCCAGGGGGGAUUGGGGGGGGCAGAGGUAGAAGAAGAACAAAAAAGAGCCAUGCUUGGAAAAAUCAAAAUGUCCAUUUCUCUACUGUCCUCUCAGUACCUCGAAGGGAGAGGGCAAAGGGAAAGAAGACCCCAAAGGGAUUCAAAUGAAACCCCUAAUUUCUGACCCUUUCACAGCCACGACUUGGUGCAUGCAGCUACUCCACGCCCCCUGCAGAGCUUGGGUUUAACCUUGCCUACACCAUGAGGCUGCCUGUUCCCUCCCUACCCCAGUGUAAUGACAUGGGAUGUGAACAGCAGCUCCAUGCAUGCAUGCACCCAUGUGGGUGUCAGUGUGUGUCCCACAGGAGAACAGGUCCUGACCCACUCAUGCCUUGGCUGAGCUGUGAGAUGCUGCCUGCCUUGCCCAGCAAUCCUUGGCUAUCCCUAUCAGCUGUCUGCAGACAAGAAGGGCAUUCAAAAGGGAGGCAGGUACCCAACCUACUGUAGGUGAGCUCCAGCAACAGGGGCAAGAGCUACAAGUGUGACUUAUGACCCUGCUUGUCUUGAUUUUGGGGUUAUCACCUGAACUGCCUGAAAGAGUGAGAGAGUCCUGAAUUCUGGAGGUUAUUUCUCUCUCAGAAGAAACAGGGUUUGAAAGCUCUUUACUGUCUUCACUUGGGCAUAGAGAAUCACUGGGCAUCUUUUUUGGUAUGCAAGAGAACUAUAUACAGAAUUUUAUAUAUAUACAAAUGUAUUUAAAUAUACUUGCAAAAUUAUAUACACACAUUGACAUGAUCAGCUACUGAAAAUCAUUAUAUCUAAUUCCUUCACCCUUAAGAACAUUUUAAGAGAGACAUCAAAAAGUAGUCCCACUAAUUCAAGAUUAUCUGGAGUCAUGACCAGCUUAGUGACACCUUGCUCUUUAUAUCCAGACACCAAAUAUUUAAAUGUAUUGAUGACUGGGAAUUUAUAUUUGUAUGAUGAUUAAGAGGAUUUUUUUCCUACAACUUUCACAGAGGAGAAAUUGAUACGAUGUUGGAGCACUCCACAAACCAAAUGUGUACAUAUUAUCCAGUGUAAAUAGGGGACUUUUUGUCUAAUAUCUAGAAUACUGUAACUGUGAAUUUACCAGCAUUUUAGCCAUAUUAUUUAAAGACUAUAAAGCUUGAUUUUCUUAUAUACUUGGGUCUCAUUGAAACACUGUAAGCACAGUUACUUAAAGCCACUCAACUUGUUACACAGGGAAUGCACGCAGCAAGCUUUCACUGUACAGAUCAUUAAAUUCUCCAUUAAAUGGCACCAUUAAGUUUCAUACCUUGUAAAGAUCAUUUUUGAAAUUCAUAUUCCCUUUUUAUCAUUCAGUGUAAGUCCUCUUGCCCCUGUAAGCAAAGUGAAUUGAGGUUCUUUGGCCACAUUUUGUUGGGAAGCAGGAAUGAAAUGCAUACUGUUAAAUAACACACCAAUGCUCACAAUUGAUUAGAUAACAUUAAUUAGACCCUUCCCACAAGCUCAGCAAUAGACCAGAAUCAUUCAGAAGCUGUCACAUAAUGCAAGGAAUUUGCAUCACCAGGUUAUCUUGUGACAUAAAAAGUUAUUUUAUACUUUUGUUACUGGUCAUCAUAUUUACCUUUCUUUAGAUCCCUCUUUUUGGGUUUUUUGGGUGGGUUUUUUUUUGGCAAGUUUAGGCUGAAAUCCAGCCAGACUUCAGCCUAACACCUCUGCCUUCAGCUGCACUGAGACAGUCAGAUAAACUAAGGGCUGAUACCAAGGCCAGCCCCAGGAAUCUGUAGGUGUCAGUGUUGGCACUGCUGCAGAGGACACCUGAAGGACACAGAACCUGGUUAGAUGGCAGGAAGCAAAUACUUGCUGAUGAGGCAAAACCCUCUAAUGAGCAUCACUUUUAUAAUUGUGUCAAUGGGGGAUACAUACUUAGGGAGCUGUUAGGGCUAUAAUGGGCUAUUUGGGAUUUUUGAGCUUUUAUUCUGAAGUUUAUGAAAUUGAUAAAAUCACAAGCUGCUGUAAUAACCAAGCUUAUUAUGCCUCAUUCCUUCAUUUUUAUAGGUAGCUCAGGGCCUUUUUUGGAUUUGCCUUCAAAACAGCAAGGUUCCUUCUCUAAGGUAGGAGUGAAUGCAAUUAUGUGCUUUGGCAGCAGUUCACAGCUUCUCUUAAGAAUCCCAGCCCAGAAUGUGGCUUUCUUUCCUCUAAGAAUGUCUGGUCCUUUUACAUAGUGAGAAGCAGCUAAAUAUGUAAUUCAACACAAAAGAUCACCAUGGUCUUUAUGUUUCAUCCAUUUUGCUGGGCUGUGCACUCCAAUUACCAUAUUGCAACUGGGGGCAAAAAAAUUUGGUUUAUUUUCUGGACUAUUCUGUUGUGCUGCUCUGUGGACCCAGGUCUUAUUUCUAUGUAUUUUUCAAAGCACUCUUAUUUACAUAUCAUCCAACAGCAAACUUGACUAUUUGAGCUCUGCAUUGACAGUGUACAGUGACAGAAGUGACAUCAUUUAUUUUGCAAACUUCUCUGUUAAUUUUCAGAGAAGGAAGACUUUGAUGUCUUGAGGAGAUAGAAAUGGCAUAGUAUUGUUAGGAAAUACCUUAGAAACCUCUCUUCUUUACAGAGUGGCUCUUUCACAGCCUGCUAAACCUCACCUUUGAGAGAUUAGCUGGGAUAAAGUUAAGAACAACAGGAUCUUGUUUUCAGUGGCAUCUAGGCUAUGCACGUGUCUGUAGAACUUCUUUGCACCCCUAAAAUGCAUAAGCCAGUUGCCUGAGGGCUCUGGGAUGAUGCACAAGUGUUGUGAUGAAGCUCCCAUCCCUGCCAUCCCAAGGAGUUCAUGACACAAUAGGAAAGAGAAACAAAGAACAGAGAAGGGAGAAAGGAGAAGCAAAAGGGAACCCAUAUCACCUGGCCUUAGACACCUAGGAGUUAGAUGUCUAGAUUUAAGCUCAUCACCCAGGGUUCCCAUUAUUCUCAGUUGACAAUGUAUGUGUUUGACCAUACUCAGGUAUGGCAAGAAGAUGGGGUGUCCCUGAUCCUCUCCAUCCAUAAGAGAAAGCCAGGGCAAGGGCUCCAGCUCAGGCCUUUGUGACACCUGGGCUGAUGUUCCAAUCCAAUUUCAGGUUUAGUCAAUACCCCUGAUGUGUUUUAUUGUCCUUGCAUGGUCUAAAAGAGUGUAGGCUUCACACUCCUGCUUUCCAGAGCAAAAAGGUUGAUGGGUGCAGUCCCUUUGGCAUAGGCUGUUGUUUUGAUUUGGGUUUCAGUUCCAAGCCAUAGGCUACCUGCUAGGCUGAGCUUGAGCCAGAGAGCCUUGGAGCACUGGGCAGGGGCAGAUUUCUCAUAAAGCAAAUCUUCUGCUGGCCCAGCUUCAUUUCUACUCUAAAAUCAGCACUCUAUGUGCAGUGCAAGGGCCAGAAUGUUUCCACCACCCAUUUCCCCUGCCUGUGUUUGCCACAACAAACAACCCCUUGUCUUGGAUGCACUGGACCCUUCCACAGGGACAACUGCUGACCAUGGCUUCACUGAUGACCCCUGCAGAACACUCCUUCCUCUGACUCAUGAGCUUUACUGCAACAGGGGACUUGCCUUAAAUCCCUAAGUCGACUUCUAGAGGACAGCUGGACCUCUGCAUUCCUGCAUGGCACACCAGUGUCACAUGGCUUUGUGACAUGGAGAAGAUGGGUCUAGGGAACCCAAACUGGCCUGCUCUGAUUUAGUGUCUGUAAAGCAGUGUAACAAGUGGUACAGGAGGAGUUCACUAUUGAGUUUCAGAGCAUGCAGAAAGAGACAUGUAGGAACACAAGGCACUGCUGAUACAAGAGACCAGUGGUGUUAUGAUAAAAGUUCUGCUUCCCCUGUUGAUUCAACUGGUUGUCAUAAACCCACUCAGCUGUACAGGACAGCUUCUGCCACUGCCUUUGGCUCUGCUACAUCCCACUGCUGGUGGCUGAAGCUUGGGGCUGGUUUGAGGGGGAUCUCCUCCUUGUCCCCUUAAAAUGCUCUUCUGAAGUGACUUCUGAACAGCAGCGUAUGGGUCUUCUGGGCAAAGAAAAAGGUCAGAUCUUGGAAAGCCCAUAUCCAGAGCCAAAUGUUGCACAAACUGGGGAGGAGGCAGGCAGCCUCAUGCUCCCCAGUGAUAAUGGAGAGUUGGGCUCAGGAUAUUCCCUAAGCCUGGGAGCAGUCCAGCUCCUGGACUGGGUUCCCACAGCAGCAUAAAGCAAGACCACAUGGAGCUGAGCUUUUUGCAGAUGUGAAGGAUUCUUCCAGGUCCUCCUUUGAGACCUCUACAAGAGAGGAUGCUCUGACACUGUUAAGGAGGCCCUUGGUACAUUUAGUCUCUCUGCUUAUGUCCUUUGACUUUCCAAAGGACUCACAAACUUGGAAAGUAGAUAUUUAGAUUUAUGUAGAUUUUGAGGCCCAUAUAUCAUAUUUUCAUCAAGUUUCUCCCUCACAUAUUGGCAAAUGCCACUUUUAGGAAAAAUCAAGCCUGGGAACUGAAAAGGAGACAAAAUGAAAUAAAUUUCUUUGCAGUGUGUGUACAUUUAUAGAGCACUAGCAUUGCACACAGCAAAUUCCACUGUAAAUAACACCCAGUGUUGUGCAUUUAAUGAAAUCUUUCAUUUAGUUUUUCUGUUGGCUCUGUGUAUGAAAUACCCAAUUCCCAUCUCUUGGUUCUUUUUCUUCAUUUGAAAC